AUGGCUCCCGGACUUGUCGAACUUCAUCCCAGCGAGGAUACAAGCAUACCGCAAACCUCCGCUAAAUCAGUUAGAGGUGUUUUCAACCCAGCGAAACAUCUCGCCUACGAGCCUCCCAAUGCCAUAUACACCCUCAAUGACCUCUCUCUACCACCCUCCUCCAUCUCUAAUGUUGCCUCUACGGAGCCAUUUCAACUGCUCUCCGAGGAAGCGAUUCUUUUGCACCGAAAGGAACUUUUUUCGAAAGAUGUACUCGACAACUGUACCUACCACACCCGACCGGGGUCUGUUCAAUUGCGAGGAAUGGCACCCCGUUAUGCACCAUUCAUACACCAAUUUUGGACCUCCCCUGAAGUCCUUAAGAUCGUCAGCGAUAACGCAGGGGUCGAUCUGGUCCCAGUGAUGGAUUACGAGAUCUGUCAUACGAACGUACAACUUGGCUCGGCCGGACUGGAAGGAGUCAAGGACACUCCAAUUCGGCCACCUAAAGCUCCCAAAGUUCUGGACAAUAACCAAGGAUUAAUCGAUAAACCAGCCAAGAACGCCAUUGUCCCAUGGCACCGAGACUCGCAUCCCUUCGUAUGUGUCGUCAUGCUGUCAGAUGCUAGGUAUAUGACAGAGGGCGAGACUGAAAUUCAACGAGGAGAUGGGAAAACAAUCAAAGUCCGCUCUCCUCAGAUGGGUGGUGCUGUUAUCCUUCAAGGUCGGCACGUUUCUCAUAUCGCGCUUCCGUCUGGCAAUAUGCCUGAACGGAUCACCAUAGUGACAUCGUUCCGCCCGCGUGACCCUCGGCUUCUGGACCAAUCCUCUAAUAUGAACGUCAGAACAAAAUCGCGUUUACCCGAGCUAUACUACCAGUGGACAAGUUAUCGUUUGCAUUUGCUCGCAGAAAGAUUCCGCCUCGAGGGUGAGAAGCUUGAUGCGCAAUAUGGGGAGGCUAUUACCAAAACAGAGAAUGGUCGCAGGGGAGAUGUGAAGAAAGAUAUCGUUGAUGUCCAGGCCUUGACUAAAUGGAUCGAUGAACAGGUUGCGUACAUGAAGCAAACUGUAUGGGAAAUGCGUCCUGUGACCGCCGAGGACAAUAUCAACAAGAACGAGAUUCCAGAUAUCCCUUACUAGGGGCAAUUCCUAGACGCAGGAGGAGAUCCGCUGAGAUGU